UCAACCGCGGCGGCGGUGCUCCUGCCUGUUUCUGGCUUUGUAGACCUCUAUUUGGAGGGCCGAGUGUAGGGUCGAGCCUGAAAUAGUAGAGGCAGCCACACCUGAGACAGGCAAUCAGCACAAAGCGCAGAUACGCAGCUCGAGGUCGGAGAAAUCAAACCAAGAGCGAAUAGAAUCAGUUCGGUAUACCGGUCAUCGUAGUCUUUCGAAGGCAGAACGGUCGCCCGAUACCAGCGAAAUACAGGGCCAGAGCCUGCAUCACCCACGACUUGCCGCAUCCGGGGCCGCCUGCAACUACCAU